AUGACAUCACCCAAACAGAAGGAAGUCAUUGCUAGAGCAGCCAGAGAUGUCAAGAAGUAUCAUAAACUAACUGAUUUUGAAAUCACUUCAGUUUUAGUGGCAACAUGGACGAAUUUUCAGUCAGAAGAGUCAUUUGCCAUCUUCAAUUAUAAAAAUGGUGAACAUACUUGUCUGCCUGAACAGCCGUUUGAAGUUGGGGUGGCAACCAACGAUGGCAUGUCCAAAUUGCAAUUUGUUGGUAAGAAGAAACAAAAUCUGGCAUCUUCUGUAGGAAAUACAGGUGAUAAAGGCGUAGUGACCUUUAAGGUCGGUACAACUCUUACUCCGAGCCAGCUGUGCCACAGGCACCUCUGCAAACAUUCAGCUCUGAUAGAAAACCCAUAUUUCAAGUCUGAAACUGCAGAACUUUUCAAGUGCCCUUGCACUCUGGACCGACUUGGUCUUCAGUGGGAAUUAGUUAUUAACAAUGAACUAGAACCAAAAUCAAAAUGUUAUACCAUCAGUGCGGUAGCCAAGCGGAAAUUCCUUAGCAAAAACCAGAGAAACAGGCUGUGUUGUUAUUCCUGGACCCCGCCAGCAAAUGAUAGCUGGAAAGACUGGUUACACUCUUGGCAGGAUGGAUCUCUCCUCCUCUCCUCUUCAUAUCUACUGAUUAGUAACCCCUGGUAUUCACCAUCUUUGUUUGGCAACACACAAGCCUACCAGGAUGCUAUCGAAAACAUCAAGGCUAAAAGAUGGUGCUGUGAGAAAUCCCCAUUUCGUUUCUGUAACAAAUUCAACAAAAUCUUUGGAGAUAAUCAGUGUUCACAACAUGCAAGCUUUAUCCAUGCACAUGCCCUGGGUGAUCCUACCAUAAACACAUUAGACAAAAGGAGCUAUCCCAUGAAUGGCUGGGGUGAAUAUAUCCUGAUGGAGGUCCCAAGUGACAACUUUACCCUUCAGGUAUUUGUUGUUUCUGUGCUUCUGUCAUUUGUUGUUUCUGUGCUUCUGUCAUUUGUUGUUUCUGUGCUUCUGUCAUUUGUUGUUUCUGUGCUUCUGUCAUUUGUUGAAUCUGUGCUUCUGUCAUCAAUGGUCAUCUUAGCCAAUGGGAUGGACUUCACUAACUCAUUUUACAGUAACCCAAACUUCACCUGGUCAACUGAAACCAUAAGUGUUGGAAGAAUAAAUGAAAACAGCAGGAUUAUCGCUGCAGCUGUGUUCCAGUGUGGAGUGGCCAUCAAAGUCCAUGUUGGCAUUAACAGCUUGAUGAUUGACUUAGAGGUUGACAAGUCUCUGCAGAACAAAACAAGAGGUCUUCUUGGUACCUUUAACGGAGAUCCCACGGAUGAUUUUCUUCUACCGAAUGGCUCUGUUCUUCCUUCCAAUAUCACAGACAGGGAGAUUCUUGACAUCUUUGCCAAACAAUAUUUGGUGACUGCAUCCAGGUCAGUGUUUACAUAUGAUACAGGGGAGACCACCAAUGAUUAUCAACAUCCAGAGUAUGUGCCCAUAUUUUUGGAUGAAGUCAAAACAGACAAAUUGGAAAUUGCAAGAGCAUUUUGUGGUAGUAACUAUAAUGCAUGUGUUUAUGACUUCAUUGCUACGGACAGUGUUGAAAUUGCCAGGAAUACAAAAAGUAAAGAAGAGGAAAUUGAAAUGAUAAAUCACAGCUUAGACAACACUCCUCCAACAUUAAAGUUGGUAACUGACUUGGGCAUCGAAAACUACUGGCUUGUGCAUGAGGGCAGAGAGAAUUAUCUCAGAGUUGAAGCUCGGGAUGAUGUUGAUGUUCCAGAUAAAAUUAGUUACCAGUUAUCUGAAGAUGCUGCAGGUGUAGUGUUGUUCCAGAAUGGAUCGCUGAGCUACACACCAGAUCCUAAUGUUCCCAUUCACCUUGGCAUUCGAGCCAGAGAUUCCCAAGGAGCAUAUUCUCCGAUUCUGAAAGUGACUGUAGUUGUAUGCCCAGCCUGCAAUGGCCAUGGUAAUUGUGGCAUCAAUGAGUCUCACAUCAUACGCCAGGAAGGACUGUACCAGGUUUUGAAAUGCCACUGUGACCCUGCCUACACAGGGGAAAACUGUGAGUCUGAACUGGAUGCUUGUACAUUACUGCCUUGUGCUGCGGGACAAAGCUGCACUGAUCUGACAGCAGCAGCCCAAGGAGACAGCCCUGUGGGCUUUGUGUGUGGGCCAUGCCCAGCCGGCACAGUCAAUGUGAAUGGAUCAUGUGACGAUUUGGAUGAAUGUCUUGACGGAAAUGUAUGCGAUCAUGAGUGCCUGAACACAUACAGAUCCUACACUUGUUCCUGCAGACCUGGCUUUAGGCUGAAUCAAACAGGCGGCAGAACUUGCCUUGAUAUCAAUGAAUGUGAAGAGAGAACUUCAGCGUGUACACAGGAAUGCAAAAACACCAUAGGAAGCUACUCUUGUUCAUGCAGACAGGGCUAUACACUAAACAGUGAUCAGAGGACAUGUAACAUUAAGUGUGAAAGCCCCAGUUUUGGAGACAACUGCAGCAGUACUUGUGAGUGUCACCUCAGAGGGGCCUGUGACAAAGUACGGGGAUGUAUCUGUGACGAACACUGGACAGGGUCACAUUGUGAAAGAGAUGUGAAUGAGUGUGCAGACGCUAAUGCAUGUCCUGAUGGAUUCAUCUGUGUUAAUGAGCCUGGUUCCUUUAGCUGUGUGUGUCCUGGAGGUUACCUGUUGGAAAAUGGGGUUUGUGCAGACAGGGAUGAGUGUGCAGAAUACAUCAGUAAAUGUGAUCUCAGUGUAGAAGAGUGCUACAACAUUGUUGGCAACUACAGCUGCAGAUGUAAAAUAGGCUUCAGACGAAAUACUACUACAGGAAUAUGUGAAGACAUCAAUGAAUGUGACAGCCACAUUGAUGGCUGUGAACACAUCUGUAAGAAUGGGCCUGGCAGCUUCAGGUGUGAGUGUCAUCAGGGGUAUAUGCUGGCUGUGGAUCGACACAGGUGUGAGAUGAAAAAGGAAGUGUGCAACCUGAGCUGUAGUUACGGAUGUAGCCUUGUUGAUGGAUCUCCUGCCUGCAUUUGUCCCAGAGGAUAUCGUCUUGUUGAAAGCAGCAGGUGUGAAGACAUAAAUGAAUGUCUGUCAGACACGGAGAAGCUGUGUGGCCACAAAGACAGAUGUACAAAUACAGAGGGAGACCAUGUCUGUUCCUGCCAGCCAGGCUACAGGCUGGAGAAUGAUGGCAGAAACUGUGCAA